AUGCUGGAAGAGUUGGGAUUCUGGUGCCCGAGAGAUGAUGAACGAUGCAGCGCAGAGUCCUCGGACGCUAAUCGCCCGAAUCCUCUUCGCCUCGUCGACGAUGCCUGGUUCGUUGAGUGCGAUCCUGCUCUGCUGAAGACCAUCGAGUGGUACCUUACUCGGGCUUUUGUGGAGAGCCACGAACUCGCCUACAGCUUCUGUCGAUUCUCCGACUGUUUGUUGGCUCUCGAGCAGCCUCGCGUUAUGGGCGCGUGUACGAUGACCGAUGGAGUUUACUGCUGGCCCGAAGGGUAUUGGCACUACGUGAGUCACCACCACGUGAAGCCACCGCAGACAUUCCUCGACCAUCUACUAGAGAGAUAUGGGACGAUGGCCGAGAUGACGAGGAAAGCGAGGAAGGAAAAGAAGCUGCUCUUGUGGGAUGGUAUCGAGCAAAAGGCUGUGGCGAUGCCUCGAUCCAUGCAGGACUGGAUCACAAGCCACACGACCAUACAAACGGAACCAUGA